AUGACUGAGCUGCAGGCAAAGGAUCCGCGGGCUCUCCACACGUCUGGCGCCGCGCCCUCCCCCAACCACGUCGGGUCCCCCUUGCUUGCACGCUUGGACCCUGGUCCCUUCCAGGGGAGCCAACACUCGGACUCGUCGUCUGUAGUCUCGCCUAUACCAAUCUCCCUGGACGGGCUGCUCUUCCCUCGGUCCUGCCAGGGUCCGGAGCUCCCAGACGGAAAGACACAGGGCCAGCAGUCGCUGUCCGAAGUGGAGGGAGCUUUCUCUGGAGUCGAAGCCACUCGCGGGGAAGGAGGUAGAAAUCCCAGAGCCCCGGAGAAGGACAGCAGACUCUUAGACAGUGUCUUAGACACUUUGUUGGCGCCCUCAGGGACCGAGCAGAACCACGCCAGCCCUCCAGCCUGCGAGGCCAUCACUUCUUGGUGUCUCUUUGGGCCAGAGCUUCCAGAAGACCCCCGCAGUGUCCCUGCUACCAAGGGGUUGUUGUCCCCGCUCAUGAACCGGCCAGAGAGCAAGGCUGGCGACAGCUCCGGGACAGGAGCGGGGCAGAAGGUGCUGCCCAAAGGGCUGUCACCACCCCAGCAGCUGUUGCUCCCGACCUCAGGGAGUGCUCACUGGCCCGGGACAGCGGUGAAGCCGUCCCCGCAGCCAACUGCUGUGGAGGUGGAGGAGGACGGUGGCCUUGAGACCGAGGGCUCUGCGGGUCCGCUUCUGAAGAGCAAAGCUCGAGCACUGGAAGGCACGGGCAGCGGAGGAGGAGUCGCAGCCAACGGGCCCGCAGCGGCCUCAGGAGGCGUCACCCUGGUCCCCAAGGAAGAUUCCCGGUUUUCUGCUCCCAGGGUCUCCUCUGAGCAAGAUGCUCCGGUUGCCCCCGGGCGCUCCCCACUAGCCACCACAGUGGUGGAUUUCAUUCACGUGCCCAUCCUGCCUCUGAACCACGCACUCCUAGCCGCCCGCACCCGGCAGCUGUUGGAGGGGGACAGCUACGACGGCGGGGCCGCAGCGCAGGGCCCUUUUGCCCCAUCUCGAGGCUCGCCCUCCGCGCCAUCCCCGCCGGUGCCCUGCGGUGACUUCCCAGACUGCACCUACCCUCCGGAAGGCGACCCCAAAGAGGACACAUUCCCUCUUUAUGGUGACUUCCAGCCACCUGGCUUGAAGAUCAAGGAGGAGGAAGAGGGCACGGAGGCUGCUGCGCGCUCGCCGCGCCCCUACCUGUUGGCCGGUGCCAGCGCCGCCACCUUUCCAGACUUCCCGCUGGCGCCGGCGCCGUCACGAGCUCCAUCCUCCAGGCCCGGAGAGGCGGCAGUGGCCGGCGGCCCCGGCAGCGCCGCGGUGUCGCCUGCGUCCUCCUCGGGCUCCGCGCUGGAGUGCAUCCUGUACAAAGCGGAGGGCGCGCCGCCCACGCAGGGUUCGUUCGCUCCACUGCCCUGCAAGCCCCCGGCCGCAGGCUCCUGCCUGCUACCCCGGGACAGCCUGCCCGCCGCCCCGGCCGCCGCCGCAGCACCCACCAUCUACCCGCCUCUCGGCAUCAAUGGGCUCCCGCAGCUGGGCUACCAGGCCGCGGUGCUCAAGGACAGCCUGCCCCAGGUCUACCCGCCAUACCUCAACUACCUGAGGCCAGAUUCAGAAGCCAGCCAGAGUCCGCAGUAUGGCUUUGAUUCCUUACCUCAGAAGAUCUGUUUAAUCUGUGGGGAUGAAGCAUCUGGCUGUCACUAUGGCGUGCUUACCUGUGGGAGCUGCAAGGUCUUCUUUAAGAGGGCCAUGGAAGGGCAGCAUAACUAUUUAUGUGCUGGAAGAAAUGACUGCAUUGUUGAUAAAAUCCGCAGAAAAAACUGCCCAGCAUGUCGUCUGAGAAAGUGCUGUCAGGCUGGUAUGGUCCUUGGAGGUCGUAAAUUUAAGAAGUUCAAUAAAGUCCGAGUUAUGAGAGCCCUCGAUGGUGUUGCUCUCCCCCAGUCGGUGGGCCUUCCUAAUGAGAGCCAGACCCUGGGCCAGAGAAUCACCUUUUCACCAAAUCAAGAAAUUCAACUGGUUCCACCACUCAUCAACCUGCUCAUGAGUAUUGAGCCUGAUGUGGUCUAUGCAGGGCAUGACAACACAAAGCCUGACACUUCCAGCUCUUUGCUGACCAGUCUCAACCAACUAGGCGAGAGGCAGCUGCUUUCAGUAGUCAAAUGGUCUAAGUCUCUGCCAGGUUUCCGGAACUUACACAUCGAUGACCAGAUAACCCUGAUUCAAUACUCCUGGAUGAGCCUGAUGGUGUUUGGCCUGGGAUGGAGGUCCUACAAGCAUGUCAGUGGGCAGAUGCUAUAUUUUGCACCUGAUCUAAUCCUAAAUGAGCAGAGGAUGAAGGAGCUGUCGUUCUACUCGCUGUGCCUUACCAUGUGGCAAAUCCCACAGGAGUUUGUCAAGCUCCAGGUGACCCAUGAGGAGUUCCUCUGUAUGAAAGUCUUACUUCUUCUUAACACAAUUCCUUUGGAAGGACUGAGGAGUCAAAGCCAGUUUGAAGAGAUGAGGUCAAGCUACAUCCGGGAAUUGAUCAAGGCAAUUGGCUUAAGACAGAAAGGGGUGGUCCCCAGUUCACAGCGCUUCUAUCAACUUACAAAACUUCUCGACAGCUUGCAUGAUCUUGUGAAACAGCUCCACCUGUACUGCUUGAAUACGUUCAUCCAAUCCAGGGCACUGGCUGUGGAGUUUCCAGAAAUGAUGUCUGAAGUUAUUGCUGCCCAGUUGCCUAAGAUCCUGGCAGGCAUGGUGAAGCCUCUCCUCUUUCACAAAAAGUGA